CAAAAGUGUAAGUUUGACGACUUCUCUCUAGAGCUGUAGUUUGACAAGCUGCCUAGAUUUUCCUGAUGGCGAACAGACCAACUCAAGUCGGACCAACUCUCAAACGGUCUUUGGCCAGAUCAAGAACUGGAUUACUACGUGUAUUAUGAACAUGCGAGCUGUGGAAAGUCAUGCAAUCCAUCAUUCAUGCCAACGAGAUUCCAUGAUCUGGGAGAUUCUGCCAGUGAUCCUCAUUUGCGGCUGCUCAUCUCUGCCGAACGCUUCCAAGGCCACAAUAAGGAUGACGAAUUCAAACAACAGCAUUCACAACUUCCUUUUCAAGCCUUGCCGAAGACUUUCCAACACGCUAUCGAAUUAACAAGGCAAUUGGAGGUUCGAUAUCCCUGGAUUGAUGCGCUAUGCAUCAUCCAGGAUUCAGACGAUGACUGGUUGAGUGAAGGAGCAACAAUGGCAAACGUGUAUAGGAACGCGUACUGUAACAUUGCCGCGACUUCGGCCACAGACAUUAACCGAAGCCUCUUCUAUGCACGAAACAUUCGGGGUGAUUCUCCCGAGCCCAAUAUUAAAUUAGUCCAUUAUAGAGUUUGGCGUGCUGCUGGCCAACUAUAGCGCCUCGCCUGAAUAGUCGGCAGGUUCGGAAGAAGCUGCAUUGCUCAAAACUCCAAGUUCCGACGUCGAAGAUUUCUCCGGGUUGUGAACACCUUCCAGCUUGGCAUAGCAGGUUACCUCAAGUAAGGCAUUGUGGCAAAUGCUGGAGCUGAACAGAUGGCUCCAGAAAUGACCGCCAGGAUAGAGCGUGAUGGGAACGCCUGGUGUGCCAACGUUGACUGUUACUGUUUGCUACGACCCAUCAGGCCCAAAGGUUUGCGUUAACCAAGUCAUUGGAAAAGGCUGUCCAAGAACACUUUUUACUGUGCCAACUCAAACGGAUGUCCAUAAAGACAUCCAUAUCCAGCGAUGACGGUCCAUAUGUUAAGGCCUAUUCGCCAAUACCA